AUGAGAGCAACCUUUUUGAUUCUGGCUUUCUUUAUCGUUGUCUCGUUUGCCUAUGAUCCCAUAUUUGUCAAUGACUUGAAAGCUUUGGUGUCUGACGAUGACCAGAAGGCGCUAGACAUCAUAGACAAAGAUCAGGAAAUGAAUCGCUCUAAAAAGAAGGAGAAAGUCGAUGAAAUUCUGGCCAGACAAUCGGAAGAAGUCAAGAAAAGUUACGAAGAAGCAGUGCAACACAAGAAAAAUCGCCGCCAGACAACGAUGAAAUGGAGAUUGAUUGCGGCCAAAGAUCUUCUUGGA